GGAUUCUGGUUCACAAUGGCUGACUCUCAAGAGGAAGACUUGCAGAAGUUUCUUAAAAAUGUGGAUGAAAUCACCAGUUUAAUUCAGGAGAUGAAUUCUGAUGACCCAGUCGUACGAGAGAAAGCUGUCCUGGAGACAGAGAAGAGACUACAGUUUACAGAGGAAAACCAAGAGGAGGAUGAAUGCAGGACCACCGUCAACAAGACCAGGAUCAGCCCCCCACAGGCUCCUGCGAAGAAUGCAGAUGAAACAAACUCAGAGGCCUUCUUGGCAUCUAUGGAGAAGGAUGCAAAGGAACGUGCCAAAAGAAGAAGGGAAAACAAAGUCUUAGCAGACGCCCUCAAAGAGAAGGGGAAUGAAGCAUUUGUCAGAGGUGAUUACGAAACGGCCAUCUUGCGCUACAGUGAGGGUUUGGAGAAACUGAAGGACAUGAAAGUGUUGUAUACCAACCGAGCCCAGGCUUACAUCAAACUUGGGGACUACCAGAAGGCACUGGUGGACUGUGACUGGGCUCUGAAGUGUGAUGAAAAAUGCACAAAAGCAUAUUUCCACAUGGGAAAAGCCCACCUGGCCCUGAAGAACUACAGUGUGUCUCGGGAGUGUUAUCAGAAGAUCUUAGAAAUAAACCCCCAGCUGCAGACACAGGUGAAAGAUUACCUGAAUCAGGUAAAUCUUCAGGAGAAGGCAGACCUUCAAGAGAAGGAAGCCCAGGAAUCGCUGGAUUCGGGAAAGAACACAGCCGUCACAGCCAAGAAUCUCCUGGAGACUCUUUCCAAGCCUGAUCAGAUCCCCCUGUUCUAUGCAGGGGGGAUUGAAGUCCUGACUGAAAUGAUGAAGGACUCCACCGAACGAACUUUAUUCAGAACACACAAUGGAUUCCGUAUCAUCAGUGAGAAUGAGGUCCUAAGAAGGUGCUUUUCCACAGCUGGGAAAGAUGCCGUGGAAGAGACAGUAUGUGUGUCUGUUCUCAGGCUCUGGCAGGCCGUGUGCAGUGAGAACGAGGAAAACCAGCGUCUGCUUGUGAUGCACCCCAGCUCGGGCCAGCUGCUGCCCUCCCUCUUGGCCUCCAGGGUCCCGACCAUCCGGCAGCAGAGCCUGGCCCUGCUGCUGCAGCUGGCCCAGACGGAGAACGGACGGAGCCUGAUCAUCGGCCACCUUGACCUGACCCGGUUGUUGGAAGCCCUGGUGUCAUUUCUUGAUUUCUCAGAUAAGAAGGCCAGCUCAGCCAUGGGACUGCUCACAGGCUUGGCUCAGGAUGAGAGAUUCCAAGUCUGGUUCCAGGCCAGCCUCCCAGGAGCUCUCCCGGCACUGACGGGCGUUCUGAAGCGAGAUCCCAGGGUCACCGACACCUCCGCUCUCUGCCAGUGCAUUGCCAUCAUGGGAAACCUCAGUGCUGAGGCUGCCACCCGAAGACAGAUGUCUGCCUCUGAAGAAUUUGGGGACGCCUGCUUGGACCUCUUGGCCAAGUGUGAGGAGGAUGUGGACCUGUUCAGAGAGGUCAUAUAUACCCUUCUGGGGCUCCUGAUGAACUUGUGUCUUCAGUCGCCCGUUGUCUCUGAGGUUUGGGCCGUGCAGGUGAGCCGGAAGUGCCUGUCUCUACUGAACGGCCAGGAUGGAGGCAUCCUGACAGUAAGCUUCUCCCAGGGAAAUCCAGAAACAGCUUCCUUUGUUGUUCUCGCUGUUUGGUUUGAAUAUCAGUGCACCUUACCCUUUUGA